AUGCAUCAAGAAGAAGGAGGCGAAGUUGAAGUAUGUGAUAUCUCGAGAUUAAGCUGCCAAAAUUUUCACCAAGCCACUCAAGUUGGAAUCUUUCGUGAAGCUAAGAAGUAUGCUUGGAGUCACAAAUCAAGCUUAAGGGGGGAUGUUGAAAUAUUAAACUUGACUUUGAUAUAUGGGUUGACAUUGUCCAUAUUCCCUGGAUUCUUAUCAGAAGAUACCGGAAAACACAGUUUAGGCACAUGGUAUGCUCUUGUGUUAAUUACAAUGUACAAUGUGUGGGAUCUUAUCGGAAGAUACAUUCCACUUAUUAAAAUCCUGAAUUUGGAGUCGAGAAAAUUGAUCACUACCGCAUCCAUUUCUCGAUUUUUAUUUAUUCCAGCAUUUUAUUUCACGGCUAAGUAUGGUACUCAGGGUUGGAUGAUAACGUUGACAUCUUUUCUGGGAUUGUCAAAUGGUUACCUCACUGUUUGUGUUCUCACUUCUGCACCCAAAGGUUACAAGGGACCUGAACAAAAUGCCUUGGGAAAUAUCUUGGUAUUGUUUAUUCUUGGAGGUAUUUUUGUUGGGGUAACACUUGACUGGUUGUGGUUAAUAGGCAAAGGAUGGUAAGAUUUUGAUCAAGCUAAAUUAUGGAAAUCAGAGGCCUUACUCACAAACAAAAUGCAGAAUGGAUAGGUUUUGAUCAAUCACGAAACAAAAGAAAUUCAAGCUAAACCAUGUAUACAUUUAGUGCAUCAACAUAUUAAAGUCAUGUGAUAAAUUGCAGAAUGACAAGAAAACACAAACAAUUAUCCUUCCCCCAAAAACUUGGUAUAUGUAAAACAUCUCUCUCCCACUGAGUGCCUGGUAAAAUUGUGUAAUGUAAGUCUUAAAACGAGUGGUGUCAAUUCAUGAUAAAGCUCAAUGUUUGUUCAUAAAUUUGUGUAAUUAAUGUGUACAUUUGUAGUAUAUGUUAUGACUUGUAAAUGUGUACAUAAAUUUGUAUAUAUUUUGAUACAUUUAAGGCAAAAUUGGUUUGAAUUGGUAUA